GCGGCGGUUUUUUAAGCUGCACCUCCGAUCGAGAUUUGGCUUUUCGGCGAUAAAUAAUUCGCUCGAGCCGCCGUUCGGGAACGCCCGCGUCGCGCCGUGCAUAAUCCAGAGGUUGUUUUGACGACCGGCGACGCCGCGACGUCUGAGUAACCCUUUCCGCGUCUCGGCGUCGUAGGGUGCGGUCUGAGUCACCCGCGUGCGGCUAAAAAUACCUCCGUGUCUGUUCGGAAAAAUCAGUCGACGGCGGUAGUUUGUAGGACGUGGGGGUGUAAAAUUAGACGGCGAGAAGAUGGAUUUAAAGGGGAAAGUGGCCUUGGUUACGGGCGGCGCCUCGGGCCACGGCCGGGAAUACUGCAAGGAGCUGUUUUCCCAGGGCUGUAAGGUUUCGAUUUGCGACAUAAAUUCGGAUGCCGGCGAAGAGCUGCUGCACCAACUGUCGAAAGCGGGCAAAGAGCGAGCGAUAUUUUGCGCUUGCGACGUCACAGACUACCUGCAGUUCGAAGAGGCGUUCCAGGAGACGAUCUCGAAGCUGGGCAGCGUCGACAUCGUCAUUAACAACGCGUCCGUCAUGAACGAUCGCCUGUGGGAGCUGGAAGUCGACGUCAAUCUGAACGGCGUUAUAAGGGGCCUACUGUUGGCGUUCCGGUUCUUGGGAAAGGACAGGGGCGGCGCGGGCGGCACCGUCGUCAACGCGGGCUCCACGUGCUGCCAGAACCCGCUGAUUUCGUUGCCGGUUUACACGGCGACGAAGCAAGCGGUGGCGGCUCUGACGCGUUGCUAUGGCGACCCGUAUCACGUCAACCUGACGGGAGUCAGGGUGAUUUCGCUGUGUCCGGCUGCCACCGAGGGCGAACUUACGGGGGAUCCGCGCAAACGCAUCCUGAGCGGUGAAUACGAGCUGGCCUGGAAGACGGACACGGCAGACUGCGUUCCGAUCAAGUCGGAAAAGCUGGGCAAGGCGCUGGUGGAACUGUUGCGGACUGCGAAAAGCGGCACGAGUUGGAUCGUCAGCAACGAUCGUUCGCCCAAGGAGUUAUCGGUGUUUUAAGUUUCCUUUUUUUUUUUUAAACAAAAAAAAG